GCAAGACAGUCCCACAAAGGACACCAAUAUUUAAUUAUUAGGACCUUCAGACCCCUGUAUGGUUAAUUAUCUUUGUCUUGUUGCCAACAAAUUAUUGACAACUGCUUCUUCAUCUUCACUGUAAGCUUUGAUAUACCAACACACACUUCGGUUACAAAGCCUGCAAGCGUUGCAUUUUUUACUCACCUUCAUAUCUAAAUUUCCGAUCACUUGUUUAGAUCAUAUCAUGGCUGCUGAACUUGUUGGUGGAGCUUUUCUUAAUGGCUUCAUUAACGUUGUCUUUGACAGGCUCCUUACAACUGAUGCUGUCAACAAGGUGUUUGGCAAGAAGCUUGGUUCUGACUUGGUUCAAAGGCUGAAGACUGUCCUGUUGGGUGCUGAAGGUCUUGUUGCUGAUGCUGAGUUGAAGCAGUUCGGUAAUCCAUCUGUGAGGAAGUGGCUCGAUAGUCUCCGGGAUGCUGUUUACUGUGCUGAGGACUUGCUGGACACUGUCCUCGCCAAAGCUGCCACACAAAAGGAGGAAAGUUCUUCCUGGUGGUCCCCUAGCUUCUUAGUCAACCGAGAUAGGGAUGACAUGGUAGAGAAGAUGGAAGGGGUGGUUAGAAGAAUUGAGGAUCUUGGAAAACAAAAAGAUUUCCUUGGUCUUGAAAAGAUUCCCACUGGUGGCUCAUCAUGGAGGACUCCAACCAGUUCUCUUGUGAGAGGGAAUGUGUAUGGCAGGGAGGAUGACCAGAAGGCCUUAGUCCAGAUGCUGAAGGACAACAAUGAGCAUCACCUGUCUGUGAUAGCUAUUGUUGGCAUAGGUGGGGUUGGUAAAACUACUUUAGCCCAAUGGCUGUACAACAAUGAGGAUGAGUUCAUGAAGGGAUUUGAUCUGAAAGCAUGGGUUUGCGUUUCAGAGAAGUUUGAAGUUGUUGAGACUACAAGGAAUGUCAUAAAGCAGAUCCGUGGAGGUACUUGUAGUCUCGAUGAUUUUAAUUCACUUCAAAAUGCUUUGAAAGAAGAAUUGUCCAAUAAGAAGUUCUUUAUUGUUCUUGAUGAUGUUUGGAGUGAUGAUGGUGACAAAUGGAGUAAUUUUAUGACCCCUUUCCAACAAAAUGGAAAUAAGGGAAGUAUUAUUCUUCUGACUACUCGAGAGGAAAAUGUUGCUUUCGCAGUUCAAAAUUGUCAGCCUUAUUUUCUCAAGAAGUUGUCGGAGGACUAUUGUUGGUCAGUGUUUGCGGAAAAUGCAUCUUUUCCAGAAUCAAAUGGGAGAGCAGCACUUGAAGAAAUAGGCAGAAAGAUUGUCAAGAAGUGUGAUGGCUUGCCAUUAGCUGCAGAAACACUUGGUCGCUUGUUACGUACUAAUCAUGAUGUUGAGAAAUGGAACAAGAUACUAAUGAGUGAUAUUUGGGAAUUUUCGUUGGAGAAGAGUAAGAUUAUUCCAACAUUACUGAUAAGUUACUUCCAUCUUCCUCUAUAUUUAAAACGUUGUUUUGUUUAUUGUGCUUUAUUUCCCAAGGAUUAUAGAUUUAGGAAAGAUGAAUUAAUCCUUUUGUGGAUGGCAGAAGAUCUUUUACCACCACCAAAGAGAGGAGAGAGUUUAGAAGAAGUUGGUUGUGAGUGUUUUGAUGAACUAACUUCCAGAUUAUUUUUCACAAAGGUUCAUUAUUAUUUUGUGAUGCAUGAUCUUUUGCAUGACUUAGUAAUAUUCUUUGCUGGAGAUUUCUAUUGCAACUCAGAAGAACUUGGUAAAGAGGAGGAGAUAAGGAUUCUGACUCGGCAUUUGUGUGUAGCUUUAAGUCGUUGUAGCUCAAAACUUUAUAAUUCUAUUUCUAAAGUAGAAUCUUUGAGAACAUUAUUAUUGUUUGAUGAUUUCUCAUCUCCCAACUGCAACAUUGAAGCGGCAACAUGUGAGAUAUUAUCAAAGUGUAAAUACUUGAGAGUUUUAUCCUUUGAUAAACUUGAUGUGUGGCCUAAUUCAAUAGGAGAAUUGAUCCAUCUGCGCUACUUGGAUCUCUCUUGGACUGAUAUUAGGACAUUGCCAGAGUCUUUGUGCAACUUGUGUAAUUUGCAAACAUUGAAGUUGCGUUGUUGUUUCAAGCUAACUUCGCUGCCUAGUGGUUUGCAUAAUCUUGUGAGUUUGCAGCAUCUUGAUAUAGGAGAAACUGCUUUGGAAGAAAUGCCCAGAAAAAUGAGCAAAUUGAAUCAGUUGCACGUUUUAGGUUACUUUGUCGUCGGCAAGCACGAAGACAAUGGAAUCCAGGAGUUAGGAGGGCUGGUAAAUCUUCAUGGAUCCGUUGAGAUUAGGAAGCUGGAGAAUAUUGUUGAUGUGCAAGAAGCAAAGAGGGCAAAGAUAAUGGAUAUGAAGCACAUUGAUGCAUUAUGUUUGGAAUGGUCUUCAGGUGAUGAUUUGGUUUCAAGUACACAAAAAGAAAGAGACAUUCUCGAUAACUUGCAACCGCAGAAUGGGUUGAAAGAGUUGAUAAUCCAGGGAUACAAGGGUACAAUAUUUCCAAAUUGGGUUGGGCAUUGUUGCUACCAAAACAUGACAAGUGUAUCUCUAGAGUGUUGCAAGAAUUGCUGCAUGCUGCCUUCACUUGGACAGCUGCCAUCUCUAAAGUCCCUGCGCAUUGAAGGUUUGGAUCAGCUGAGGAGUAUUGGCGAGGAGUUUUACAAGAAUGAUGGAGAUGAUCAUUCUUCGCAUAUUGCACCGUUUCCCACACUUGAGAGUUUGGAGUUUGAUAACAUGGCAUGUUGGGAGGUGUGGCACGUAUCUGAGUCAGAAACUUUUCCUCAGCUUAGGAAGCUUGAAAUAAGAAAUUGCCCAAUGUUGAAGGAAGAGAUGCUUAAUCAGGUAUUCUUCAGAAUAAUUUCUUCUUUGUUGGAUGUUUCCAAAGUUCGCAAACUACGUAUAGGCGACCACUUUAUAAACCCGCAAACCGAGGCCAUGUUUGUUGAUGGGGAUACUUUAACAAUUAGCGGGAGUGAAUCUGUGAAGGAGUCUGCAUUUAAGGCAAUGAUCAGCAUCAACCAUCUACGUUGCCUCCAAGAAAUACACAUCUCAGGGUGUAGAAAACUAGAAUUCCCCCAGCUACAGCAGCAUAAGUAUAAUUUGGUAGAGCUACAAAUACAAUCCAGCUGUGAUUCACUGAGCUCCUUGUCGUUGGAUGUCUUUCCCAAUCUCAAGAAUCUCCAGAUAGUAUGGUGUAGGAAUCUGGAAUCAGUGUCAAUGUCAGAGGCACCACACGCUGCUCUGGAAAAUGUCACCAUCGUCGGCUGCGAUAAAUUAGUGUCAUUUGCUGUUGCUGGAGAAGGACUGGCUGCACCCAACUUGACUCAUCUCAAGGUCAAAUACUGCUCAAAGUUGGAGGCAUUACCACGUGACAUGAAGAGUCUACUCCCAAGUUUACAGUCCCUCGAGAUAUAUGGUUGCCCAAACAUUUGCAGGAUACCAGAGGGUGGUUUGCCGCCUAACUUGAAAUCACUUGCUGUGGGAGGUUGCGAGGAACAAGUGAGGGAUCUAUCAUGGAUGGGCAACUUGCACGCCCUCACUCAUCUUACCAUUGAAGGUUUAAUGUGUAAGAACAUAAAGUCAUACCCAGAGGAAGCUGAAGAAUAUGGAAGGAAAAAAGCUGCCUCCCUCUCUAUUGCUACUCAAAAUUGAAGGGUGUCAUUUGGGAGGAUUAUGCAAGAAUAAGCAUCAACAAAUUUGGCCCAAAAUUUCCCAGAUCCCCACCAUUAAAGUCAAUCGCAAGAAAAUUUCCUGAAUAGAGAUUUCUGAGCAGGAGAUACUUUGAAGAUCAAGCAGCAAUUGUCCUGAGUGCAUUGCAGUUCUGGAAUGGAUCUUAAAUGCCAGUUUCAGUCAAAGCAAGCAGAAGAAAUGAAGAAUCAUUUUCCACCUUCACUUUCGUUUUUCCAAAGAAAAAACAAGAUUGAAAGAUAAUGGAUGCCAUUAUGAAAAUUAGUAAUAGCACAUGGGUAGAAAAGAUGAUAAAGUUAGCAUGAAGGAGCAGGUGAAGGAGUUGUGAAUAUCAAUUCACAUCAAAUCAUAACUUCUCUUUUUCUUUUUAUUUGUAUAUUUCUUUGUUGUUUUAUCGUUGAUAUCCAAUGCAUUAAUACAUGAGUUCAAUUUGGAAUUCUCUUACUACUUAGUCACAAGCGAUCAAUGGUAAAAUAAAUAUUUGUUCAUUAUAUUCCAAAGAUGAACACUACAAAUUUAAACAUAAAAAAAAAAGAUCAUAUUAAGAUUCAAUGAUAAUAAAAUGAGUAUUUGUGCACCAUAUCCCAAAAUUACUAAAAUAAAAUAAAAAAGAAGGCUGUUUCCAAAAGCACAUAUUCAUGUAUGUUAAUACCAGAUUAGUUAUGUGGUUGGUAAGAUUUUUUUUAGUGUGUAUGUAAGAUUGUUUUGGUGUGGAUUUUGAGAGCAUUUUCUUCAAGCUAAGUAGAUACUUACUUGGUGAUGAAUAUAGUUGUUAAGAGGUUGUUAGUUAAUGAUAUCAGAUAAGACAGUGUUUGAAGGUGUAAAUUUAGAGUUUUAUUUGAAUGAUGUUUUGUUUGUCUUUGAGAUCUUGUUAGUAUUGCAUCUUUUUGUAUUGAAAUAACGUUAGUAGUUUUUCUAUUUCAGAGUUAAAGCAUUUUUGAACUAUUCAAGAAAAACAUAAAGUCAUUUUAUCAUUUAUGGUUAUGUUGGAUCUUUUUGUAUUUUUGAAGGUGUGUUUUUCUAUUACCACCUGACAUGAAUAGUCUACUCCCAUGUUUACACUCUCUCAAGAUAUAUGAUUGCCCAAAAAUUUGCAGAUUGCCAGAGGGUGGUUUGCCGCCUAACUUGAAAUCACUGGAUGUGGAAAUUUGCGAGCAACAAAUGAGGGAUCUAUCAUGGAUGCCCAACUUGGACGCCCUCACUCAUCUUUCCAUUAAUGGUUAUGACUGCGACAACAUAAAGUCAUACCCAGAGGUGGGUUCGCUGCCUCAUCUUCCCUCCCUUACCACUCUCAAGAUAUCCUGGUUCAAGAAUCUGGAGACAUUGGACUGCAACGAGCUUCUCCACCUCACCUCCCUUCAACAACUGUGCAUUGUAUUCUGUGAGAAGCUGGAGAAUAUGGAAGGAGAAAAGCCGCCUCUCUCUCUCUUGCUACUUCAAAUUCAAGACUGUGAUUUGCUGGGAAAACACGGCAAGAACAAUCAUCAACUAAUCUGACCCAAAAUUUCCCACAUUCCCACCAUUCAUUGUGUAUUUAUCAUGCAGGUUCGGAUCAUUUUCCUUUGUGUGAGGCCCAUGCAAACACAUUUGGAAUGUCCCUCUAAAUUUCUGUUAGUGUAUUAACCUGAUCCAUAUGAAUGAUCGUAUAAUCAAAUCUUUUCUUGUUUAAGUGGAGAUUCUUCACUCAUAGUUCUUCAAUAUGGACGUGUGGUUGUGUUCUUAGCUCUCUAGUAGAACUGCCAGAAAGUCUGUAAAUGAGUAUAACUGAUUUUAUUUUGUUGAUGGGUCUAUGUCCUUGUACAAGAGUUGUGUAUGUAUGCUUAUUAGUGCUUGUAAGUUUUGAGACUUCUUUGUAGCUUUGAUUUGAAUAAUAGUGAGCUUAAUUAAUUAAUUCUUAUUCUUA